AUGAUUCCUCAAUUAACUCCAGAAGACGUACCAAUUCCAGUUAAGUCCUGUACAACGUGUAAACAUGAUGUUUUAAUUGUCCUAGACCCACCGACAGCCGAUUACGAGUCUACAUUCUCGCCACUUAUGGGCGCCGAAUGUACUGAAGGAAGGAUUUCAUUUAAGACAGUUAAUGGUGGAAUUUUCGAAUUUAUCGAAACGUUGAUGAUUCAACAGGAACAUGAUGACGCAUUGGUACUUAUUCUAACACACCAUCUGAUGAGCGGAAUGUUAUCUGUGCUGACGACGGAACGUACAAUUUGGGUUCCCGGACGGGAAUCACAAAAUUUAUUGCAAGGUUUACGAGUUGUGCAGUAUGAACAUUUUCAUACCCAAAUUGUCUUCAAGAGUUUUAAUAUUAAUGAAUUCGUUUGA